AUGUACGAGACCCUGCAGUACCCCAAGACCCCCCUGGGACAGAGCAGGAGGCAGGAGGCAGGCAAGGCCAACGACAACUACGAGACCCUCCAGCUGGGCCCGAUGGGCAAGUGGCGGGCCGGGCAUGGUGCCCAGCAGCACAAAGCGCGCCAGUGGAACAUGCAGCCCCUGCUCCUGGUCCUGUUAGCAGCUUUCCUGGUCCUGCUGGCCACCUCCAUCGCCCUGGGGGUCCGCUACUGGCAGGUGGUCACAGCACUGCUGCAGUCCCAAGAGCAACUGGCAAAGACCAGAGGAGGGGGGAGCCACUGCCAGAAGGAGCUGCACAGCUGCAGCAUGGAGCUGCAGAAGGCUGAGGCGGGUCUGAAACAGGCCCAAGUGAAGCUGUCACAGGCACGGCAGGAGGGGAACAGCUGCCAGAGGUUUCUGCACUGGAGGGACAUGGAUCUGCAGGAGGCCAGGGCAGCACUUCAGCAGGCCCAAGAGCAACUGCUGUGGCUGCAAAAGCAAGCCCAGCUCCUGUCUCAGCAGCUGAAGGAAUCUGCAGGAGCCCAGGCCAGUGCAUUUCCCUGCAAGGCCACAGACUGCUGCCCGGAGACCUGGGUGCUGCACCGCGGGAAGUGCCUGUUCCUCUCCAAGGAGAAGAAGACCUGGGAGCAAAGCAAAGAGUGGUGUAAACAGGAAUCCUCCAAACUCCUCAUCACCUGGGACUGGGACCGCACAACCAUGCCGAGCUUCCUCACCAACACGGACACCUCAUACUGGAUCGGGUUGUGGUUUCACCAGAGAUGGAUUUGGAUCGAUGAGACGCCAUAUGCACAGUGA